AUGCCUCCCAGACGAAACGUACCUGCUGGGGAUAGCAGUGAUGUCUCGGCGAUGGACCGUAUGGCCAUGGCAAUGGAACAGAUAGCUGAGUUCAUGAUGGCUCAACAAGUUCAUAAUCAAGCCCAAGUGCAACCACGGGUCGAUGUUACUAAAGCCAUAGCAACUAGACAACCACCGUUUUAUGCUGGGGAAGAAGACCCGGUGAUCCUUGAAGAAUGGAUCAGAACAUUUGAUAAACUGCUAAACGCUGUGAAUUGUCCUGAGGUACAGCGAGUGUCUUCUGCAGUAUACUACCUGACUAAAGCUGCGGAUAACUGGUGGGCAACGGUUGGACCUGACCUUCUGCAAGACCCAGGAUUUGGCUGGGAAGAGUUCAAGACUAAAUUAAGAGGUCAGUUCUACACUGAACGAAUUAAGGGCAUCAAGUGUGAAGAAUUUUUGCGACUGAAACAACAAGGAACAACGGUGCAAGAUUAUCAUGACAAGUAUGUUGAGUUGAUGAGAUUUGCUCAGGACAUCGUACCUGACGAGGCAAGCAAGGCGAGGAGAUUUGUAAGAGGAUUAGAUUGGGGAGUGAGAAGUGCAAUCGCACCAUUUAUGUGCUCUACUCUCAGGGAAGCAUAUAACAGAGCGUCCGAUCAUUACCAGGUGUAUCUUGACCAGCAAGCAGUCUAUGGUCGGAGCAAAAGGAAAGCUGAGGAUAGACGAGGAAAAUCUCAGUGGGAAAGUAAGAGGCUUAACCAAGGAGGAAUUAACUCAAGGCAAGGAGAGAGGAAGGGAGGAAUAACUCCAAGGAAACAAUAUGAUUGCUUGAAAUGCGGAAGAAAUCAUCCAGGAGAAACUUGUUAG